CAAGGAGCGCCAUAUAGAGUUGAAAGCCGUAGUGAGUUUAAUCCAACUCUGGAGUUUAACGAUUUCCGAAGUCGCUACAUGUUCCGUAUAAGGUCAUCGUCGGGAAACCAUGGCGCAUAGAUUGAACGAAAGAGUCAUCGCAAAAAGAAAGCUGUAUAAUUUCCACCAAGAUCAAGUUCGUCAGUGCAGAGUCGCUGCCCCUGCAAGAUUCAACGCUCUCAAAGCCAAGGUCGAUUCGGCAAUCGAUGAGGAGAGGGAGCAGGAGAAGGACAGGGAGAACAGGGAGGCUGAUAAAAUCAACCACGAGUUUGACUUGAGGAAUGAGAAGAUUUUCGAGGAGAAUCGAAAGAUCAGUGAGGAGGUACGGAAGAAGAAUGAGGAGAUUGGGAAGAAUGAUGAAGAGAUUCGGAAGAAUAAUGAGGAGAGAGAGAGGAGACUUCAGAGCAACAAACAGGAUUCGGAACGCAGAUUUGCGCCAGUAGAACACAAAAGAUGCGGCCUCCUGGAGGACAUUGAAAACAUUCAAGACGUGAUUGAACCCCAGAUUGCUAAGUUGGAAAAGUCUUUGCAGGACGCCAAACGAAAACUUGAUGAUCUGAUGAUGAACCGUGGAGACGAGGUGGAAGGUCCGUUUGGCUUGGACAGAUCUGUGACGGAUGCACUGGACAUGCCUUUAGACAUUGCUGCGGCCAAGCGGAUCAAUCGCACACUAUCAUGUUUGAGGUUUGUUGAGGGUGUUGGGAGGGAGAGGUACAAUGGGAGAAUCGACGGGUACGAUGGGGUGUGGAGGCUCGUGGAUGAAAUCAACGUCAUGGCAAGAAUCAAAUUCCCAACAAUUGUGGGGUGUAUUGAUUCAUCAGGUGUGCUUAUCACCGAUUGGGACGAAGGUAACAUGCAUACAUAUCUUUUGGAUAUUAACACUAAAAGCACUGAAAAAGUAAUCAGCAGUACUGAUAAAUCUUGUGUUGUCUCCUGUGCAUCGCUCUAUGAUGGGAAAAUAGUGUGCGGGAAAAGGAGGGCGGGAUGUCGGGCUGUCGCUUCGGGACAGCGUUUAACUGGAUGCAUUACCGUGUAUGACAGAGAGUGGAAGAUGGUCAUUGACGUUACAAUACCAACAAACAACACGCAAGAUGACACUUGGGUGUAUGCUGCUGCUGACCCGGAAGGAAUGAUCAUCGCUGCCGAGUGGGGUCAGAGUAACAUAUACAUAAUCAACCCAAAUGAUGGUAACACUCUGCGCACUAUCACGUCUAGAGAAAAUGCCGCUGUGCGUGGUGUAGUUUCAUCAGGUCUCAUUUUGGCUCAGCCCUCAUCAGACAACUGCAGAGUUUUGAAGAUCAACGGAGGAAGGGGUCACAGCGAAAUCCCCUUCAGAAAUAUCAUUAGGAAUGCCUGCAUCGAUCCACUGACAGACGCCCUCUACGUCGUGACAACGGGUAACGAGUACAAGACGUGUGUGAUUGAACACGUAAUAACGAAGUGUAGGUCAAAGAAGAAGAAAGAAAAGGUCGCAUCUAUAUGCCUAUCAAGAAGACUGAGUGGGAUUAAUGAAAGACGGACUCACCUUGCGUCAUCCCAGGUGAUCAUGACGUCAUCGGGGAAGCUGAUAGCUUGCGAUGGAAAUAGUAUCCAUUGUAUUACAAAAGAUGUAUAUUCUAUAUGAUAGUUUUGUCCCUAUUCUGUAUUAUCCCACGUAUAUGUAGCUACUAUGUCACCUUGUAUAAACAUGACGUAAUCGGGGAAACUAUUAGCUUGUGAUGGAAAUGGCAUAUUCAUAUUCAUUCUGUUUUUUAUCUUGAGUACACUUUACAUCAUCCGAAAGGCUGAUAGCUUGUGAUAGACAUUGCAUCAUUAAAGAGAUAUCUAGUUAUUGAGACCGGUUUCCAGACGUACAUGUAUAUAUAAUAUUUGUAUGCAUGCUACUAAUCCUACCUACUACUGACUAUACACACAUUGCCGUAGGACUGCCCAUGAUGAUAACCAAUAAUCAAUGUUUACAUUUUUCUAUGCCCGUUGCCCAUGAGGCAUCAAGUGCCUGAAAUGUAACUGUAUUCAAAAACCUAUUUACAAUUGUUAUUGAUAUGCAAAGUACAGUUUGAUGAACUAAAUGACAAAUACAUGUACAAACUUUCGCUCUAUGUUGCCAGAUAUUUUGUCCAUGUUUGGAAACAAUAACAUAUUCUGAUUUAUAUUUCAAUUUAAUAAAAGAUCAUCAUACAAAGAGUUGUCGCAAAAUACACAAUGCAAAGAUUUUGUUGACUUAUUGGCAUUUGGGCCAAUAAGGGAGUUUACAGAUACAUGUAGCACACGGUACAAAUGACC